GCAGGACGCCUGUCUGAGGCUCAGCCGCGCCUCAACCCCUCGCAUGAGAGUUUUACAACGAAAGACAACAACUCGGAAAGUGUUUUCCAGAGGAAUUGCAGAGCGACUGGAGGGGGAGAGAAUAUGAGAUAGCCUCUCUCUCUCUCUCUCUCUCUCUCUCUCUCUCUCUCAUCCUCCUUCCUCCUCUCGGCUCGGUCGGCGACCCUCGGUGCCGCUUCUUCCCCGGAUGAUGUAACUGCUGUGUGACCGGCUGAGCUCGGAUCAUCAUUGCCGACGUGUAUUUAUAUAUUUUUGGUGCGGUUGUCGCGCAUCGUCACAUUUCCGCCGCAUUGAGGACCAGCGGGACUUUGCGCGGAGUCCAUCCGGAGGAGGCCGGUGCAGCCAUGUGGCAGAGGAUUCAGAUUUGCUGCGCGCUGUUUGCGUUGCAUUCAGCGGCAGCGCCUGCACACAUCAACCGCCUGGCGCUGUUCCCUGACAAGAGCGCCUGGUGCGAAGCCAAGAACAUCACUCAGAUCGUCGGGCACACAGGAUGUCAGCCGCGCUCCAUCCAAAACAGAGCCUGUCUGGGCCAGUGCUUCAGCUACAGCGUCCCAAACACGUUCCCACAGUCCACCGAGUCCCUGGCGCACUGUGACUCCUGCACGCCUGCCCAGACACAGUGGGAAGUGGUGACUCUGGAGUGCCCCGGGAGCGAGGAUUCUCCACGCGUGGACAAGUUGGUGGAGCGGAUCCUGCACUGCAGCUGCCAGUCCUGCAGUAAGGAGAGCGUCCAGGAGGGGGCGGUGAUGCAGCUCUAUCCUGCAGACAACACCCUGGAUUCAGCUCCUUCUCUAUCCGACCCCCUGAUCGGAGACCCGGCCCACUCUCUGCCCCACGCAGACAGCCUGGCUGAAAAGCAGGCCCACCCUCUCGCGCACCACCAUUCCACGCUGCCCCACGCGUCAGACGGAGGCUAGAGCCACAGCUGUACUGACUCCCCUCCUCCUCCUCGCUGCUUCCUCUCUAGUAUCCUUACAGCACUUUGAAUCUUUCUUUGAAGGCAUAAACCCACAGAGCCGCGUUAUCAGAAUGAGCUCACAUAAACACUACGCACUUGUGUGUUUUCAGUAAUACACGCAGAGGCCAGAUGACUAUAGCCUGUUGAUAUACUGUAGGGCUUUUAUUCUGCUUUGAAUGUAAUAAAUGCUCUGUCUGGUAACUGUCCUCUCUUCAUAUAAAUUAAUCAGAGUUUGUCUCUGCAAGUUUGAUUUCUGGGUUUUACACAUUUGUACAUGUAAUGAAAAAGAAAAUAAAACAUUUGAAGAUUCUCUUUUA